GAUCCUGUCCCUGUCGGCCACCGUCCCCAUAUGACGUGAGAGGAAGUGAGGUGUAUUUGGGCACACAUGCGCUGUUGCUGUGGAGUUGUUGGAGCGCGGUUGUGUUGCAGCCUGGGGAGAGAUCGGGCUGUGUGGCGGCGGUAGGCGGUGCUGUCUGCAAUGACUACGUCAAAUAAAGCACUGGAGCUUCAGCUUCAGAUGAAGCAAAAUGCUGAAGAACUGCAGGAUUUUAUGAGGGAAUUAGAGAGCUGGGAAAAGGAUAUUAAAGAAGUUGAUUCUGAGUUAAGGAAACAGAGUGGCGUCCCAGAAGAGAAUUUACCACCCAUUCGAAACAAGACGUUUAAGAAAAAGAAGAAAAGCAAGAGUAAAGUCCCAUCAAAGACAACCACUGAGGAAAACAAGAAAAACAAGAUCAAGUCUUAUGAUUAUGAAGCUUGGGGAAAACUUGAUGUGGAUAAAAUACUGGAAGAACUUGAUAAAGACGAUAGUACUCAUGAUUCUGUAUCUCCAGAAUCAGACUCUGAAGAAGAUGGAAUUCAUAUAGAUAAAGAAAAGGCUCUUGCAGAAAAGGAAAAGGGUAACAAAUACUUUAAACAAGGAAACUUUGAUGAAGCUAUUAAGUGCUACACUAGAGGGAUGCAUUCCGAUCCAUUCAAUCCAGUAUUGCCCACAAACAGAGCAUCUGCUUUUUAUAGAAUGAAAAAGUUUUCUGUUGCAGAAUCUGAUUGCAAUUUAGCACUUGCUUUAGAUAAAAAUUACACGAAGGCUUAUGCCAGAAGAGGGGCUGCUCGUUUUGCUUUGAAAAAUUUUCAAGGUGCUAAAGAAGAUUAUGAAAAAGUUUUAGAGCUGGAUGCCAACAACUUUGAAGCAAAAAGUGAACUGAAGAAAAUUGAGCAGGCUCUUUCAUCUGAAAGCUCAGAACAAAAAGAGUUUGAAGAAGUGGUCAGAUCAGAAUUAACAGACAACGAGAAAAGGUGCAUUGAAGAAGAGCAGCUAAAACAGAAAGCUAUUACAGAAAAAGAUUUGGGUAAUGGUUAUUUCAAAGAAGGAAAGUAUGAGGCUGCUAUAGAAUGUUAUACACGCGGUAUAGCAGCAGAUGGCACCAAUGCACUUCUGCCAGCUAACAGAGCCAUGGCCUAUCUCAAGAUACAGAAAUAUGAAGAGGCAGAAAAUGACUGUACGCAAGCUCUUCUGUUAGACGCAUCUUAUUCUAAAGCUUUUGCUAGAAGAGGGGCUGCAAGAGUUGCUCUUGGAAAGCUAAAAGAAGCUAUGCAAGAUUUUGAAGCUGUUUUGAAGCUGGAACCUGGAAAUAAGCAAGCAAUAAAUGAACUCACUAAAAUAAGGAAUGAAUUAGCUGAGAAAGAACAGUCAUGUCAUGAAGAAUAUCCUGCAGUAUUAAUAAAAGAAUCCGAAAUAAAAAAUAUAGUGAAACUUGCUCAUAAUCCCUUAAACUGGAAAUCAACAAAGCCUUUGCGAAGAAUAGCUGUUGAAGAAGUUGACGAUGACAUGCUGGAUAGUGAUUUCUCCAGCUCUACUUCUUUAGUUAAUAACUGGAAGAAUUCAGUGAGUAUUGAAACAACAGAGAAUCUAGAUCAAGACAAUCAGUUAACUUCAGUAGAUAUUCCAAAAGCAAAGCAAUUGAAGAUUGAAGAAAUCACAGAUGUGUUGUCACCACAGCUCCCUGCUGGUGUCAAAGGAAUUUCAUCAGUAUUGCAUCCAUCUGUGAACAAACAGAUAGAAAAAGAAAACAAAACAUCAUUUAGAUCUGCAUCUCCGGUCCCUACCAUUCCUGCAAAUUCUUUCCAGCUUGAAUCUGAUUUCAGAAAGUUGAAAGACUGCCCAGAAAAAAUGUACUUGUACCUGAAGCAAAUAGAGCCUUCAAUUUAUCCAAAACUGUUCCAGAAAUCCUUAGAUCCAGAUUUGUUUAACCAGAUACUGAGAAUUCUACACGACUUCUACAUUGAGAAAGAGGAGCCAUCACUCAUCCUUGAAAUCCUCCAAAGGCUAUCUGAAUUAAAAAGAUUUGAUAUGGCAGUAAUGUUUAUGUCAGGAUCAGAGAAGAAAAUUACACAGGUGCUGUUCAGUCAUCUGAAACACAUGGGAUUGAAAGAUACUUCUGUUGAAGAACUAGAGAAGAAAUACGCCAUAUUCUCCUAGUGAAUUUCCUGAUGCUGCGCAUGUAAAUUGCUGUUCCCACACUUCUGUCAUGUUGAACUCAGCUGAAGAAUCCUAUAAAGACUGGAGUUCAGUUGCUUUUGUAUAUAUGAUUAAAUUCUUAAAGUUGAUUCAUGCAAAUGGUCAGCAUCUGGAGUGAGAAUUUCUUAGUUCUGCAGGCACAUUUGCUUUCCAGCACCUGAAACAAUACAGAUUUAUGCAUAUUCAGUGGAAUCUCUUUGCCAAAAAAACAGUGAAUGGUGUUUCAGAUUGCAAAUGCAGAAGGAGUUCUUUAUUAAAAAAGAAAAUAAAAAAAAUCUAUUUAUGAACAUGGUUUUCGUAAGAAUCAAAUGACAUGAAAGAAAUUUGCUUUUCUUAUUUCAGAAAGUAAAAUAAACAUUAAGAUAAUGUGUCAGUUGUAUUUUUUUUAAAUAAGGACAAGACCACACCAAUAUGUAUAAUACGCAGAGUGAAACUGAGGGGUAGUGGCCAGACAUUCCAGAAUUCCUUUACUGAUGUUCAUCCAAAAGUACUGACAUGUGAAAUGUUCCUGUGUACUUCAAAUGUAAUUGCAGAAUAGAAGGAAGCCAAAGACCAUGAAAUGAAAGAAGUAUAGGGAAACAUUUUGGUUGUCUUCGGAGAGUGCUUUUAAUGUAGCAUUAUUUAUCUUUGGUGUCGUUUGUUCCUAACUAUGUAAAACUCUCAAGAAGGCUUAGAAAGCUAAUUAGUAUAAAGAAGAUAAAGGCAUGAGAUAUCACAUCAAAUUCUUACAUAAGAAAUAAUAUCAGGCAAAUGCACAGUAGAUUUCUCAUGCUGUUCACAUAAACAGGAUGAAAAUAACACCUCUUUAUGAGACGUACUUUAACUACUUGAAAAGUAGUUAUAUAUUACUUCCAAAAAUUUUCCUAUUUUCUACGCUUGACCAAACUAUUUCAUCCUUUUGAUGUGCUGUUUUCAUCUUGAUUCAGACCUUGUGCUUUCCUAAUACUUCUCUAACUGUGGAAGCCUUCUGACAUUAAUGCCUUUAUUUGAAUAGUUGUGGUCUUUUCCAGAUAAAUGAUUAAACAUACAUAGCAUUUAAAAAUAAAAGUUUAAACUUCCAAGAUGAAUUAAUAGGAAAGAGUAUGAAUGUUAUUUUCUGUUUAACUGGUGUUAGAAAAACAAUUUUAUGGCAUUCACAGCUGUGUAAUGUUUCAGAUAUAUAAUCCCCAGAAUACACAGGUGGAGUCUGAGUAGCUGAUAAAGGUGGAGUGCUUGAUUCAUAAGGUAGCUUUGAAUUUGUUCUAAAAUAGAACUGGCACAAGGAUAACAGCCAGUGCUGUUAAGGAAAUGGACAAGCCUUUGUAUAAUGCUGUUUGCAGCCUACCUACAUCAUGGGCUAUUAUUACCAGGUGUGUACUUGAUAAGUAGCUGUUUUUCUCCCCACUGUAAAUCAUUACUGAUAAUAUAUCAAGAAUGCUGCUUGUUAAUAAUAGAAAUGUUAAAAAAA